ACUCUUUAUUACACCAUUCACUCAACAAACUCACUUUCAUAAGAGAGAAAAAAGUGAAAUUAAAUUAUUAGAACGAUGAAGAGACAAAGCAGCGCCGUGUCUCCGUCGUCGUCUCGGCGUGAAACCACGCCGGACAAAAUUCACGUCAAGACAAUCGGUUGCAUGUCCGGCAUUCUCCACCUCAUCUCCACUUCCAAUUCCCGCGGCCACCGCCGAUUCCUCACAUUCGGGAAGAAACAGUCUAAGAAUAACGGUUCUUCCGUUUCAGUUUCAACCGCCACCGCCAAUUCGCAACCGGAAAAAACGGAGAAGGAGAGUGAUGAGGUUUCUUCCGCUGUGCGAAAUCCGAAAUUGUCGAGUGAGGUUCCGAGGAGUCCGACAUUACCGGCGGAGAUUCGCCGGAAGUCUUCGGAGAAUGUUCGGGAAACACCGGCGUUAGUGGCGAGGCUGAUGGGACUGGAGACGCUUCCUGCAUCGCCGGAAUCAGUGGUUGAGAAGAGGCAGAAGCUGCUUGGCGCAUUGCAGAGAUGUGAUGAAGAUCUCAAGGCGCUGAAGAAAAUCAUCGACUCCGUGCGGAUUCCUCAGCCGGUUUCGUCACCGUCUCCGGCGAAAGUGAAAACGGUUUGUGAGGUGAAGUGUUCGGUGGUUAACGGUGAGCAACAGCAGCAGCAGCAGCAACCGAGUCCUGUUUCUGUACUUGACGAGUUCACUCGUUCGCCACUCAGUCCGAAUUGCCACUCUGGACGCUAUUCAUUUGCACGAAUACAGCAACAGAAGCAUCACUUACUCAAGAAGCCAGGAGAGGAAGAAAUCAGCAGUACAUUAUAUAUGCAUGAGAGAAUGACAAACGAAUUGCUUAAUAAGAAAGUCAAUGAAGAAGAUUGUUCAAUUAUGUGGAAUAGUAAAGGCAUGAUGAGAACUGUAGAGGAAGUGUGUAGAGAUGUUGCUUGGGGAGAAAAUAGAGAGAUUGGAAGAAUAGGGUUGGCUUUGCAGGAUUGUAUCUGCAGAGAUUUGAUUGAAGAAAUUGUUAGAGAAUUAGGAUGCUUGUAUACUUUGCCAUUUGAGUCCUGUAAGAGAAGACUCUGCUUCUAAACUAUACAUGUUCAACAUUAGUUUGUUUGUUUGUUUUUUAUUUAUUUAUUUAUUUAAAUUAUAUAGUAUAUGUUAUCUCCCUUAAACUUUGUAUUUGUCUUACAAAUCACAUUUGAUUUAGCAGGUUAUUCGUCAAAAUAGUGUACAAUUAAUUUUUUUAUCAACAAAAUACUAACUUGCUUAAAA